GAAAUAUUUCCCUAAAUAAUAAACGUAAUGUUCAAUUUCAUCUUUUUGUUAAAAAAUGUUAAAAAUGACUAACAAAGUUACAGUGCAAACAGUUACUCGCAAUCGCACGUUUUCUACAUUGACUUGCAUAACGAUCACAGUGGUUCUAAUCACUUUAAUAGCAGGAAUUGUAUGCAGAUGUGUACUGGACGAUUACUUAUCAAGAAUCGUAUUACUCGCUUUAAUAUGUUUUUUAGUCGUUUUCGGCAUUGGAAUUUUAACGACUAUGCUUAUUCUUAGAAGACGGGAGAGCCAAUUUAAAGUUAAAAUUUCUAAAAACGCCCGAUAUAGUGCUGCGCCCACAGCUCCUGUCUCUUCUGGACCUCCCAGUUAUGUCAAGUAAAACGUUGUUAAAAAUUUAUUGUUUGUGUGUGGGUGUAAAUUAUUUAAAUUGUUUUUUUUCUUAAUUUUAA